AUGAAAGCGUCGGUCAAAUUCCGGGAGGAUCAGAAGCCGUUGCUGAGGGCCAAGGUGCCCCUCAGCAUCCUGGGCCUGCCCUUCCAGUCCGGAAUCGUUGCCGGUGAGUCCAAGGAGCUCACUCUCAACCUCGCCACCUUCUUCGAAUCCGGGCCGUCCAUCAAGAUCGCGUAUCGUCCCAACGACGCGUGGAACCCCUUCUCCCUCGUCGUCAAGACCGGGACGGGAUCCUUCGGAUCGCCGAUUUCGAGCGCCAUGCUGAUGAGCGCCGAGUUCAAUCUCCUUGACCGCGGGAGAAACCCUAGCUUCAUGCUCCACUUUAAGCCCCAGUUCGGCGAUUUCUCGAUCAAGAAGACGCAGUCCUCGGUCUUCGAGAAGAUCGUGGGUUCUGAGAAAGACGCCGUUGCGGCGGAGACGCCGGUAGUGGAGGCGGAGUUUUCGGGGAAGAAAAUUACGGUUUUGCCAUCGGAGGGUCCGGCGUCUGGACUUCUUGCCGGUUUGUUCACCGGGAUGGAGGUGGCGGCGAGGACGUCGAUGCCGGUGAGGAACCGGGCCGUGGUGAACUUGAGGUGGGGGGUUAAGGUUCCGGCGGAGAUAAAGAGUGCUGGGGUGAAUCCAACGGCGGGAAUUGCGUUUCAGAAAAUCCCGUACCUGGUGAUGAACAAGAUCGGGAUCGAACACGUGGACGGUGGCGAUUCGAAGGCCAAAACCACAAAGGCGGCGGCGGAUAAUGCGUUGACAUUUCCGGGAAGUGCUGAGGUUGCGGAGGCUUGUUUUAGGGCGAAGCAUCAGCUGGAGGCUCUGCGGACGGAGAACGGGUUGCUGAGAAAAGCCGUGGAGGAUCUGCGCCACGAAAUCGCCGGCGCCGCGAAGUCGAUUUCGAUUUCGAAUGCGUUUCCUGAGAGUGAGAUAAAUGGGGGAAGUAGGAAUUCGAGCGGGAAAGUGGAUUGGCGAUCAAACGGGAAGAAUAAGUCGCCGGAGGGCGAUGUGGCGGAGGAACUGAAGAAGGCCCUCAGUCACUGA